AAUAAGGAUAAAGUCACAUUUUAGCCAGAAUCUAACUUUACCUGUCGAAGCCAGAGAAUGUUAUGUAAUAUUCUUACUUUGAUUGAGCUUGAAGGAAACCAAACUCUUCUCCUAUCGUUUUCUUCUUUGGAUCUGCUAUUCUCUGCCUCCUAAAAUUUUAUCGGUAUUUUCAGUCGUAUUCCAUCGCCGAUUGCUGUCUCUGUUUCAGGGAAAUAUUUUUCUUCUUUCUUCGAAAUUGUAGAUGGCUACACUUAAAGAUAUAGGAGUUGCAGCAGCUAUCAAUAUUGUCACUGCAUUUGUUUUCUUCUUGGCAUUUGCUGUGUUACGAAUCCAACCUUUCAAUGAUAGGGUGUACUUUCCAAAAUGGUAUCUCAGUGGUUUGAGGAGCAGUCCAUCACACUCAGGCACAUCCGUACGCAAGUUUGUCAAUUUGGACUUUAGAUCAUAUUGGAGGUUUCUAAAUUGGAUGCCCGCUGCACUGCAAAUGCCAGAACGUGAGCUUAUUCAGCAUGCUGGGCUUGACUCUGCUGUUUACUUGAGGAUUUACUUGCUUGGGCUUAAAAUCUUUGUUCCUAUUACAUUCCUUGCUUUGGCAAUCCUGGUACCAGUUAAUUGGACCAAUGGCACCCUUGAACAUUCAAAUGUGGUUUUUAGUGACAUAGACAAGCUCUCUAUUUCAAAUAUUCCAGCAGGAUCAGAAAGGUUUUGGGCUCAUUUAGUAAUGGCUUACGUCUUUACCUUCUGGACAUGCUAUGUGUUACAAAAGGAGUAUGCAAUAGUUGCAGCAAUGCGGUUGCACUUUCUUGCAUCAGAGGAAUGCCGUCCAGACCAGUUUACCGUUCUUGUAAAAAAUGUGCCUCCGGACCCUGAUGAAUCAGUCAGUGAGCUUGUGGAGCAUUUUUUUCUUGUAAACAAUCCGGAUCACUAUCUCACCCAUCAGGUUGUUUAUGAUGCAAACAAACUUGCCAAAUUAGUUAAAAAGAAGAAGCAGAUGCAGAACUGGUUAGAUUACUAUCAGCUCAAAUAUUCUAGAAAUAAAUCUAAGAAGCCAUCUAUGAAGACUGGUUUUCUUGGUCUUCGGGGAGAAAGAGUGGAUGCAAUUGAUUUUUACACAACUAAGACUGAUCAAUUAUCAAAAGAUAUCGAGGCAGAACGAGAGAGUGUUAGAAACAAUCCAAAGUCAAUUAUGGCUGCAGCGUUUGUUUCCUUCAAAACUCGGUGGGGUGCUGCUGUCGCUGCUCAAACUCAACAAUCCAGAAACCCAACUAUAUGGUUGACUGAGUGGGCUCCAGAGCCCCGGGAUGUUUAUUGGGACAAUUUGGCCAUUCCAUUUGUUUCACUCACAGUUCGGAGGUUGAUCAUAGCUGUUGCAUUCUUCUUCCUUACCUUCUUUUUUAUGAUCCCGAUACUCUUUGUUCAGUCCCUUGCAAAUAUUGAAGGAAUCGUGAAAGCAGCUCCAUUCUUGAGUCCCAUAAUCAAAGUGAAAUUCAUCAAAUCACUCAUCCAAGGUUUUCUACCUGGGAUUGCGUUAAAGAUUUUCCUCAUUCUUCUGCCAACAAUAUUGAUGAUGAUGUCAAAAUUUGAAGGCUUUAUAUCACUAUCAGCUUUAGAGAGGAAAUCUGCAGCUAAAUAUUAUCUUUUCAUAUUUGUUAAUGUGUUUCUUGGGAGCAUAAUCACAGGAACUGCAUUUGAACAAUUAGAUACUUUCAUCCACCAGUCAGCAAAUGAAAUUCCUAAAACAAUUGGUGUCUCAAUUCCGAUGAAAGCGACUUUCUUCAUAUCCUACAUUAUGGUUGAUGGUUGGGCUGGAAUUGCUGGGGAAAUUUUGAUGUUAAAACCAUUGAUAAUCUUCCACUUGAAGAAUUUCUUCUUGGUGAAGACUGAAAAGGAUAGAGAAGAGGCAAUGGAUCCAGGAAGUCUUGGUUUUAAUACAGGCGAACCUCAAAUACAGUUUUACUUCUUACUUGGCCUUGUCUAUGCUGUGGUGACGCCGUUUCUUCUUCCUUUCAUAUUAAUAUUCUUUGGCCUGGCAUAUGUUGUCUUCCGCCAUCAGAUCAUUAACGUUUACAAUCAAGAAUAUGAGAGCGGUGCAGCAUUCUGGCCUGAUGUCCAUGGGCGUAUUAUUGCUGCAUUGAUCAUCUCACAGCUGCUUUUGAUGGGAUUGUUGAGUACAAAGAAAGCUGCUGAGUCGACACCAUUGCUAAUUGCACUUCCGGUUCUGACAAUAUGGUUCCAUAGGUUCUGCAAAGGCCGUUAUGAAUCUGCUUUUGUCAAAUACCCAUUACAGGAGGCAAUGACGAAAGACAUACUACAACAUGCAAGGAAGCCAAAUUUAAAUUUGAAAGGUUACCUCCAAAAUGCAUAUAUCCAUCCCAAUUUCAAAGGUGAUGAUGACGAUAUCGAUGCAGUUACCAAAGAUUGGGAACAGGAUAGAGUGUUGGUCCCCACAAAACGACAGUCCCGAAGGAACACACCGGUACCAAGCAAAUACAGUAGUUCAUCAUCACCCUCCUUGUCUGAGGUUGUUCAGGAGCAACCUUGACGAUUUCAUGUGUCUCAAACUUCAUUGUACAUUUGUUGAGUUGCAGUAGUGGUGGGGAAUGGAGAUUGUAAAUUAUACGCACACAGGGGAUUACUAGUGAACAGAUGCAGCUGUUUUGGUUUUAACAGCUUAACCAACCCCCGGUUACACAAAUUUUGCUA